AUGAAGUAUUUCUUCUUGACUGCAGCUGUUGUUACAAUAGCUUUUGCUAGCCCUUCUCCAUUCUUGUUUAAUAAUAGAGGGCUUGGCGGUGGUUUGAAUAUUGGCGGAAAUGCAGGAGCAAAUAUUGGAGGCAGUAAUGGACUUGGCGGUGGCUUGGGUCUAGGUCUUGGCGCAAAUAUUGGUGGCAAUAAUGGACUUGGCGCUGGCUUGGGUCUAGGUCUUGACGCAAAUGCAGGAGCAAAUAUUGGUGGCAAUAAUGGACUUGGCGCUGGCUUAAGUCUAGGUCUUGGCGCAAAUGCAGGAGGCAAUAAUGGACUUGGCGCUGGCUUGGGUCUAAAUAUUGGAGGCAAUAAUGGGUUAUUAGGAGGUCUUGGCAACAUUUUUGGUGGUAAUUCGGGAGGUGCUUUUACUGGUGGUUCCCAAUCGAUAAAAUGGCAGAAUGGCAAACCCACGACAACCAUUACCACCACUACAACAAGAUUCAGAGUAACAAAUAUGGCUAAACCUGGAAAAAUUCCAGCUCUGAACAUAGAUGAUGGUAAGAACUAUUGGAUUGUAACAUUACCUUCAGCUAGAGGCCAGCCUGGAGCAAGACCAGCUCCAUCAUCUAAUCCUGCUCAACCUGUGUACCUUGCUACAAGCAUUACUAACCAGCCACCAUCAAAUGUACCAACUGUACAACCUUCACAACCAGAUGUCCAAUAUGUUCCCCUCACUAGUGGAUCUACGUUGUAUCUUAUUACAAUUAGAUGUACCCCAGAAGUACCUAACUCAUACAGAGUCGAUACACCUAGAGGACCCAUGUACCUUGUAUCAUAUAUUUUCACCAGAAAACCUACAUCAAACCCGCCUUCAAGUUUACCACGCGAAGGAUUAACAGUAGCUACAAUGCCUGAUAACACGAUGUUUUAUAUUGUGGUUAGAACAUUUAGAACACCUCAACCUGGAGCAGUACAAUCCACCGAUCCUACAAAUGGAACUCCUAUUUGGAUGGUAUCCAGCAUUUCUCCAAAAAAACCAUUAGGAAAUAUUCCAUCUGGACAACCUCAACAACCUGGAGCACAGAUAAUCGAUAUGCCUGAUAAGUCAGUUGUGUACAUAAUAACAUACUUCUGUAGUCCCAACACACCUGGAGCCCAACCAUCACAACAGCCCGACGGAACAAUUAAAUACCUCCUCACAACAGUUCAUAUUCAAAAAGCACCAGCUGGUCAGCCUCUUACAAAAAUACCAGAUCCAGAAGACCCACAAAUUCAACCAGUAGCAGACAAAACUGGAGUUAUAAUCUACUAUCUUAUUACUUACUUGUCGCCUUUUAAACAACCUAAUGCUAUUGAAUAUAAACAACCUAAUGGAGUAACUUGGUACCUCAUCACAAUUAAAACUCAACAAAAACCAAUCGGCAGCGACUUACCCGUAAAAGAGCCAAUUAGGGAAGAAAAAGGGCCAGAUGGUAAACCUGUAUAUUAUCCAUCCGGAAGCAUACCAUCAGGACAGUAUCCAUCAGGACAACAACCCUCAGGACAAUAUCCAUCUGGACAACAACCCUCAGGACAAUACCCAUCUGGACAACAACCCUCAGGACAAUAUCCAUCUGGACAACAACCUUCUGGUCAAUACCCUGAUGGACAACAACCAACAGGACAGUACCCAUCUGGACAACAACCCUCAGGACAAUACCCAUCCGGACAACAACCCUCAGGACAAUACCCAUCUGGACAACAACCAUCUGGUCAAUAUCCUGAUGGACAACAACCAACAGGACAGUACCCAUCUGGACAACAACCCUCAGGACAAUACCCAUCCGGACAACAACCCUCAGGACAAUACCCAUCUGGACAACAACCAUCUGGUCAAUAUCCUGAUGGACAACAACCAACAGGACAGUACCCAUCUGGACAACAACCCUCAGGACAAUACCCAUCCGGACAACAACCCUCAGGACAAUACCCAUCUGGACAACAACCAUCUGGUCAAUAUCCUGAUGGACAACAACCAACAGGACAGUACCCAUCUGGACAACAACCCUCAGGACAAUACCCAUCCGGACAACAACCCUCAGGACAAUACCCAUCUGGACAACAACCAUCUGGUCAAUAUCCUGAUGGACAACAACCAACAGGACAGUACCCAUCUGGACAACAACCCUCAGGACAAUACCCAUCCGGACAACAACCCUCAGGACAAUACCCAUCUGGACAACAACCAUCUGGUCAAUAUCCUGAUGGACAACAACCAACAGGACAGUAUCCAUCUGGACAACAACCCACAGGUCAACAACCAUCAGGUCAACAACCUUCAGGUCAAGUACCCUCAGGUCAGCAACCCACAGGACAAUAUCCAUCUGGACAACAGCCCUCAGGACAAUACCCAUCUGGACAACAACCCUCAGGACAAUACCCAUCCGGACAACAACCCUCAGGACAAUACCCAUCUGGACAACAACCAUCUGGUCAAUAUCCUGAUGGACAACAACCAACAGGACAGUAUCCAUCUGGACAACAACCCACAGGUCAACAACCAUCAGGUCAACAACCUUCAGGUCAAGUACCCUCAGGUCAGCAACCCACAGGACAAUAUCCAUCUGGACAACAACCCACAGGUCAACAACCAUCAGGUCAACAACCUUCAGGUCAACAACCCUCAGGUCAACAACCCAUAGGGCAAUACCCGUCUGGACAGCAACCCUCAGGACAUUACCCAUCUGGACAAUAUCCAGCUGGACAACAACCCACAGGACAGUAUCCAUCUGGACAACAACCCUCAGGUCAACAACCCUCUGGUCAACAACCCUCAGGUCAACAACCCUCAGGUCAACAACCCACAGGGCAAUACCCAUCUGGACAGCAACCCUCAGGACAGUACCCAUCGGGUCAAUAUCCAUCUGGACAACAACCCUCCGGACAAUACCCAUCUGGACAGCAACCAACAGGACAGUACCCAUCUGGACAACAACCCACAGGACAGUAUCCAUCUGGACAACAGCCCUCAGGUCAACAACCCUCAGGUCAACAACCCUCAGGUCAACAACCAUCAGGUCAACAACCUUCUGGUCAACAACCUUCCGGUCAACAACCUUCAGGUCAACAACCUUCAGGCCAACAACCCGCAGGUCAACAACCCUCAGGUCAACAACCUUCAGGUCAACAACCCACAGGACAAUACCCGUCUGGGCAGCAACCCUCAGGACAGUACCCAUCGGGUCAAUAUCCAUCUGGACAACAACCUUCAGGGCAACAACCUUCAGGACAAUACCCAUCUGGACAACAACCUUCCGGACAAUAUCCAUCUGGUCAGCAACCAACAGGACAAUACCCAUCUGGACAACAACCUUCAGGUCAACAACCUUCAGGUCAACAACCUUCAGGUCAACAACCUUCUGGUCAAUAUCCUGAAGGACAACAACCUUCAGGACAAUAUCCAUCUGGACAACAACCCACAGGACAAUACCCAUCUGGACAACAACCCUCAGGCCAACAACCAUCAGGUCAACAACCUUCAGGUCAACAACCCUCAGGACAAUACCCAUCUGGACAACAACCCUCAGGACAAUACCCAUCUGGACAACAACCUUCAGGACAAUAUCCAUCUGGACAACAACCGACAGGACAGUAUCCAUCUGGUCAACAACCCUCAGGACAAUACCCAUCUGGACAGCAACCCUCAGGUCAACAACCCUCAGGUCAACAACCAUCAGGUCAACAACCCUCAGGUCAACAACCCACAGGACAGUACCCAUCUGGACAACAACCCUCAGGACAAUACCCAUCUGGACAAUAUCCAUCUGGUCAACAACCCUCAGGACAAUACCCAUCUGGACAACAACCCACAGGACAGUAUCCAUCUGGACAACAACCUUCAGGUCAACAACCCUCAGGUCAACAACCAUCAGGACAACAACCAUCAGGUCAACAACCCACAGGACAACAACCCACAGGACAGUACCCAUCUGGACAACAACCCUCAGGCCAACAACCCUCAGGACAAUACCCAUCUGGACAACAACCCACAGGACAAUACCCAUCUGGACAACAACCCUCAGGUCAACAACCCACAGGACAGUACCCAUCUGGACAACAACCCUCAGGACAAUACCCAUCUGGACAAUAUCCAUCUGGACAACAACCCUCAGGCCAACAACCCUCAGGACAAUACCCAUCUGGACAACAACCCUCAGGUCAACAACCCUCUGGUCAACAACCCUCAGGACAACAACCCUCAGGUCAACAACCCUCAGGACAAUACCCAUCUGGGCAACAACCCUCAGGUCAACAACCUUCAGGUCAACAACCCUCAGGUCAACAACCUUCAGGUCAACAACCAUCAGGACAAUACCCAUCUGGACAACAACCCUCAGGUCAACAACCCACAGGACAAUACCCAUCUGGACAACAACCCUCAGGUCAACAACCCACAGGACAGUACCCAUCUGGACAAUACCCAUCUGGACAACAACCCUCAGGUCAACAACCCACAGGACAGUACCCAUCUGGACAACAACCCUCAGGACAAUACCCAUCUGGACAAUAUCCAUCUGGACAACAACCCUCAGGACAAUACCCAUCUGGACAACAACCCUCAGGUCAACAACCCUCAGGUCAACAACCCUCAGGUCAACAACCUUCAGGUCAACAACCAUCAGAACAAUACCCAUCUGGACAACAACCCUCAGGUCAACAACCCACAGGACAAUACCCAUCAGGACAAUAUCCAUCUGGACAACAACCCUCAGGACAAUACCCAUCUGGACAACAACCCUCAGGUCAACAACCCUCAGGUCAACAACCUUCAGGUCAAAAACCAUCAGGACAAUACCCAUCUGGACAACAACCCUCAGGUCAACAACCCACAGGACAAUACCCAUCAGGACAAUAUCCAUCUGGACAACAACCCUCAGGACAAUACCCAUCUGGACAACAACCCUCAGGUCAACAACCCUCAGGUCAACAACCUUCAGGUCAACAACCCACAGGACAAUACCCAUCUGGACAGCAACCCUCUGGUCAACAACCCUCAGGUCAACAACCCACAGGUCCAGUUUCAGAAAAUUUACCUCCACCUACCGAACCUUCAGUCCAACCACUUCAAAAGCUUGAUGGUUCAAUUGAAUAUAUUUCAUACAAGCCAUCGUCAUCAAGACCGGGAAUGUUGGAGCCAAGCGUAUCAAAGGAUAAACCCCAAGGAUUACCUGAAUUACCAGCCUAUAAAGAACUCGUAAGCCCAACCAAUCCCUCAAAAAUUGUCUAUAUUCCUUUGUGGCCACAACAACCAGCUGGGCAACAACCUUCAGGUCAACAACCCACAGGGCAAUACCCAUCUGGACAACAGCCCUCAGGUCAACAACCAUCAGGUCAACAACCCACAGGUCCAGUUUCAGAAAAUUUACCUCCACCUACAAAAACUUCAGUCCAACCACUUCAAAAGCUUGAUGGUUCAAUUGAAUAUAUUUCAUACAGGCCAUCGUCAUCAAGACCGGGAAUGUUGGAGCCAAGCGUAUCAAAGGAUAAACCCCAAGGAUUACCUGAACUACCAGCCUAUAAAGAACUCGUAAGCCCAACCAAUCCCUCAAAAAUUGUCUAUAUUCCUUUGUGGCCACAACAACCAGCUGGGCAACAACCUUCAGGUCAACAACCCACAGGACAAUACCCAUCUGGACAGCAACCCUCUGGUCAACAACCCUCAGGUCAACAACCCACAGGUCCAGUUUCAGAAAAUUUACCUCCACCUACCGAACCUUCAGUCCAACCACUUCAAAAGCUUGAUGGUUCAAUUGAAUAUAUUUCAUACAAGCCAUCGUCAUCAAGACCGGGAAUGUUGGAGCCAAGCGUAUCAAAGGAUAAACCCCAAGGAUUACCUGAAUUACCAGCCUAUAAAGAACUCGUAAGCCCAACCAAUCCCUCAAAAAUUGUCUAUAUUCCUUUGUGGCCACAACAACCAGCUGGACAACAACCUUCAGGUCAACAACCCACAGGGCAAUACCCAUCUGGACAACAGCCCUCAGGUCAACAACCAUCAGGUCAACAACCCACAGGUCCAGUUUCAGAAAAUUUACCUCCACCUACCAAAACUUCAGUCCAACCACUUCAAAAGCUUGAUGGUUCAAUUGAAUAUAUUUCAUACAGGCCAUCGUCAUCAAGACCGGGAAUGUUGGAGCCAAGCGUAUCAAAGGAUAAACCCCAAGGAUUACCUGAACUACCAGCCUAUAAAGAACUCGUAAGCCCAACCAAUCCCUCAAAAAUUGUCUAUAUUCCUUUGUGGCCACAACAACCAGCUGGGCAACAACCUUCAGGUCAACAACCCACAGGACAAUACCCAUCUGGACAGCAACCCUCUGGUCAACAACCCUCAGGUCAACAACCCACAGGUCCAGUUUCAGAAAAUUUACCUCCACCUACCGAACCCUCAGUCCAACCACUUCAAAAGCUUGAUGGUUCAAUUGAAUAUAUUUCAUACAAGCCAUCGUCAUCAAGACCGGGAAUGUUGGAGCCAAGCGUAUCAAAGGAUAAACCCCAAGGAUUACCUGAAUUACCAGCCUAUAAAGAACUCGUAAGCCCAACCAAUCCCUCAAAAAUUGUCUAUAUUCCUUUGUGGCCACAACAACCAGCUGGACAACAACCUUCAGGUCAACAACCCACAGGGCAAUACCCAUCUGGACAACAGCCCUCAGGUCAACAACCAUCAGGUCAACAACCCACAGGUCCAGUUUCAGAAAAUUUACCUCCACCUACCAAAACUUCAGUCCAACCACUUCAAAAGCUUGAUGGUUCAAUUGAAUAUAUUUCAUACAGGCCAUCGUCAUCAAGACCGGGAAUGUUGGAGCCAAGCGUAUCAAAGGAUAAACCCCAAGGAUUACCUGAACUACCAGCCUAUAAAGAACUCGUAAGCCCAACCAAUCCCUCAAAAAUUGUCUAUAUUCCUUUGUGGCCACAACAACCAGCUGGGCAACAACCUUCAGGUCAACAACCCACAGGGCAAUACCCAUCUGGACAACAGCCCUCAGGUCAACAACCAUCAGGUCAACAACCCACAGGUCCAGUUUCAGAAAAUUUACCUCCACCUACCAAAACUUCAGUCCAACCACUUCAAAAGCUUGAUGGUUCAAUUGAAUAUAUUUCAUACAGGCCAUCGUCAUCAAGACCGGGAAUGUUGGAGCCAAGCGUAUCAAAGGAUAAACCCCAAGGAUUACCUGAACUACCAGCCUAUAAAGAACUCGUAAGCCCAACCAAUCCCUCAAAAAUUGUGUAUAUUCUUGUGAAGCCAGUCGCACCCCAACCAGAAGAAGUACUUUACGGUCCAAUUGAAGAUAAUUUACCUCCACCUUACAAACCUUCAUACCAACCAAUUCAAAAGCUUGAUGGUACAAUGGAAUUUGUUUCAUACAAGCCAUCGCCAACAAAACCUGGAAUUUUGGAGCCAAGCGUAUCCAAGGAUAAACCUCAUGGAUUACCUGAAUUACCAGCCUAUAAGGAACUCGUAAGCAAAAACAAUCCAUCAAAAAUUGUGUAUACUCUUUUGAGGCCAGUCGCACCCCAACCAGAAGAAGUACUUUACGGUCCAAUUGAAGAUAAUUUACCUCCACCUUACAAACCUUCAUACCAACCAAUUCAAAAGCUUGAUGGUACAAUGGAAUUUGUUUCAUACAAGCCAUCGCCAACAAAACCUGGAAUUUUGGAGCCAAGCGUAUCCAAGGAUAAACCUCAAGGAUUACCUGAAUUACCAGCCUAUAAGGAACUCGUAAGCAAAAACAAUCCAUCAAAAAUUGUGUAUACACUUUUAUGGCCACAACAACCAGCUGGGCAACAACCAACAGGACAACAACCAGGUGGGCAACAACCUAGCCAGGUUUCACAAAUGCCACUUCCAAACGUGUCUUCAUUGCAAAAGGUCACAGAUCCAAGCGGAGCUACUUAUUGGAUACAAUAUAUAGUUUCGUACGAAUAUCAGCCUAAUGCACAACCCGUCAAAGACUCUAACGGAAAAGUAUUGUACUACGUAGUGAAACAGAAGUAUAAUCAACGACCCCAAGUAAAUCUUCCUGAAUUACCACCUGUUGUAGAAAAGGUCGGUCCAAAUGGCCAAAAAAUAUACGUGAUUAUGAUUCAAGGACAAAUUCCCCAACCCCAAGGACAACCAGGACAACAAGGACAACCAGGACAACAGCCCAUUCCACAAGGUCAAACUUCAAUUAUUAUUUCCGUUACCGGAAAUUUGCCAGGUGGUAAUGUUCUCUUGCCCAAAGAAAUUAUUCAGGCAUUGAAAGAUCAAGGAGCAGAUAUGCCACAACAAAUGUUAGAUUACCUUCAAAACUUAGGUUUAGACGAACCAGCAUUGGAAUCUCUAAUCAGUUCCAUUCAGGAUGGCAAUGUCCCACAAGGUUCAGUCAUUUUACAAGAUCAGUCAUCACCAAACAACGGCAGUCCAAAUUCAUCAUAUCAAAUUAUCGGAGGUCCAGGUGGAGUUUAUAACGGAGGAUCCAAUGGAGGAUCCAACGGAGGCUCCAAUGGAGGAUACUCUCCAUCACAAAUUAACGGAGGAGGUCAAUAUGGAGGAAACUACAAUGGUGGAUAUAUGAAUAACGGAUCUAACGGUAUGGGAAGUUCAAACGGAGGCUACAAUGGUAGCAACUCUGGUUUCAUGAAUGGAGGAUCACCCAUGAUUUCUCAACCUAUGAUUUCUCAACCCAUGAUUUCUCAACCAAUGAUUUCUCAACCCAUGAUGGGUUAAGCAAAUUAACUGAUGAUGGUGUUAUCUACAAAAAAAAAUUAACUUCUAUUAUUAUUUUUAUAACUAACUCCCUACUAUUUUUCUGAUCCUUUUUUGUCCUACUUGGCUUACUGUCAGAAAAAAAAAAACGAUUGCAUUUACAACGAAAAGAAACAAUUAGAUUUUUAAAACAUGACAGCUGUCAAGAUUGGGUCAACAUAAUAAUAUAUACGAUAAAAAAUGUUUUUAAAAUUAAAUUUCAACGAAUAAACUUUUUAUUUCUUUUAUAAUUUCAAAAAUUUUGUUUCAUAAUUAUAUACAAUUGAGAGUAAUGUAUUGUUUAUAUCAUAUCUGGGAAAGUAUAACGUCAACUUGACACAAAUGUGAGAAAAUAGUCACACUUAUUUGACAGUUUAGCAAUCAAUCAAAAAGAUCAUAAUCCAUUCUUCAGCGAUAAUAAAAUCUGAUCACAAUUUUGUAGGAGCUUAAUCACAGUCUUCAAAAAAAGUGACAAUUAAGUAGCUAAUAUUAGCCGCAGUUCAUUAGAGGAGUAAAACUGCAGAUAAUCGAACCAUUAACCAAACAGACAAUGUUUAAACUGUCGCAAAACACGCAUUCGAAAUUUUAAGCGUGCAUACUUUUGAGCGUUGACGCUGACAAUACGCAGAUUGUGGCUCAAUUCAGAUCUUAAAUGUCAAUCUAAAUGAUAUUUGGAUAUAUUAUAAUUUAAUAAAGAAGACAAGAGAGAAUGCAUCAGACUACUAGCUGAAAGAGACCGAAAAGUCUCGCAGGUUCUCAAAAUCUUGUGGCGACUGGCGAAGGUGACAGAUUAGAGAGAUAUAACAAAACCCACUUCCAAUAAUAAUUGAAGACAAGGAACUGUUCAAGGUUCAAGCACGUAAUUUCAGUAAAGUGCAUGGAUAAAAAUGUGUGCCAUAAAACGCAUCAUAAGCAACUAGAAAAGAGCUCGUCCGAGUUGUUCAAAUAUGCUGCGGGUUUUGUCAGGUUAUACCUAAAAGUAUGCACUAAACGCUAAGCGAAAAACAAAAGAGUUUACUCUUUCGGCAUUUUCCAGCCCUCAUAGAAUUUUUUUUUAUUUCAACACCUACCCACGGACAAAAAAAAAAGUAAACAAUUUCAUCGGAAAGUUCCUACAACACGAACUUUAAUUUCGAGAAAGUUAAAUUGCUAAUUGAGUUCCAUCUUAACAAAACCGACCAAAAAUAAAAAUUAUAAAAUUAUAGUCACACUUUAGCCUAAGUUGCAGUUUAUCAUGCUUAUUUCCAACACUGAGAUAGCACGAAGGUGGAUGUCAUCUUAGCAAAAACCAUGCAAAAAUCCGCACAAACAAAAACAGUAAAACUUCUACCGGAAAGUAACCUACAACACGUUACUUAACUUCGAAAGGCUGGAAAGAAGUUGAAAAAAAAAACGUGUUGUAACAGAAGGAAAUGAUUUUGUACAAAAAGCAGGAUCAAAAUUCAAAAACACUGGUAAAUAUUUACCGCAUGGUAGGACGGACUUACAAGAAUUUUUUUUUUUUUUUUUUUUU